UGACUCACUGUAAAAAAUACAACAAAACAAAGCACCACAAGUUUUACAGAAUCUCAGCCGGCUGUUCGAAAAUAAGUCGAUAUAACUGUGACUCAGUCCAAGAACUCCCCGUCGAGCUCUACUAACUUUGGUUCAUAGUUAAACGCAGCGGAAGCCAUUCAAAAAUGACAGAUCCACGCAUCCGCCAACUGGUGAUUAUCGGAGUGGUCAGACGGUUGACCAAGGAGAAGUCCUGCUACGCCAAGGAGGUGCAGACCGAGCAGACCAGGCUGGAUAAGUUCAGGGGCGAGGGAGCCGACGACCGUCUGCGCAAGCAGGAGGAGGUCAUCCAGGAGUGCGUCAUGAUGGUGCCCGACUCAAAAGGAGGUGUGUGCUCUGAAAACCCUCUGUUUAGGCGGUUAAUGCAGCAUUUCUUUCGCAGGCUGCAAAAGGAGCUCGAGACUUUGGAGAAGUACCUCGCCGACGAGCUGGAUCUCAAGGAGACGGAGGAGUACACAAAGGCGGCCGAGAUCGUCAAGGCAGCCAAAGCUGAACUGGAAUCUAGGAUCGGAACAUUCCCUAUACAGCAUUUACCCUUUAAUAUCAGCAUUAUUGCAAAUUCCUGA